AUGACAGCAAGAUUUGUAGAUUUAUUAAAUGAAUUUGAAGAUGUGGCCAUUGGACAAGUUGAUGAAUUGACAAUUACAGAUCAACUGGUACUGGAAAACACAACAAAUCAAAUUAUUUUUGGAGAUUUGCAAGUAAUUUUAAAUGUAGAUACAACAUCACAAUCUACAAUAGACAUACCAAGUAUUGGAUCAAAAAAGGUUGCUCAAGUGUUAUUGACAGAAAUAGAUCAAACAAUUAAUGGACACAAGACAUUUAGUGAUAGUUUAAAAGUCGACAAAUCAAUUGAUUCAAAUGAAUUGAAAACAAAUCCAAUUCCUCCUCAAUCGGGUGUAGGAAUUACUAUUAAUGGAACAACAACAGUAAAUAAUCUUGAAAUAAAUGGCAAAGUAAGUAUGCAAUUGCUGGAUAUUGCCAACAUAGAGUGUGAAUCUCUUGCAACAAACAAAAUUACUGGAGAAACAAUUAAUAUUGCACCAAUCAAAUCAUUAUUUAUCAAUGCACCAUCUGUAGAAACAAAUCAGUUAUCAUUUGUCAAUCCAAUACCAGGUUAUAUUCCAACACCAUUGGAUUUCUAUGAAUAUUAUACACACUGGAUUCAAUUUAAAUACAAUGUAUCUGGAGGAUCAUAUGUCUAUUCAUACAACCAAAUGCAUAUCGUAAGAAUUGGUAAAUUAGUUACAUUAUGUGUUGAUUCACAUACAACAUUGACAAUGCAAGCAACAGCUGAAGCUUCAGAAUUUGGUUUGGUACCACACCUUCCAGAGCGUAUUGACAAGGUAAUCAACGAUUUGAUUAGAUGGAAACCUAAACACAACAACAACUAUAGAGGUAAAUUAGCUUUGCUCAAAACAUAUGGUCUGUCACAAUUAAAUUAUUUCACGUACCUUGAAUCACCUAGUCACGAGGCAAUCACCAGAUUGGAAAAGGUUAUUGAUUGGUUCAUGUUCAGCAACGACCGUCAGUACGACCCAACCAAGCCAACCAAAAGAACCAUGUCCAAGAAACGUUCCAUACGAUCGAUCGACCAAGGUGGUCUCAACCUCUGGGACCUCAACGCUAGAUUCCGUGCCCAAAAGGCAUGGAUGUUCGAAAGGUUCCUCCACGAGGUAAAGAACGACCGAGUUGCAAAGGUUUCCUUUGCCCAAUCAUGGAUGGACCAACUCAACCAAGAUAAACCAAACGAUUUUGUCCGCCUCUGCCGCAGCGAGUGGGAAAAGCUUACCCAACCCUACGACGUCAGCAGAGAGGCUGUACCCAAGCCAGCAAUGGAACCAGACAAAAGAGGAAGAGUACCUCUCAAACAAGUGUACCUCCAAAGGCUGACCAUAGCCAACGAAAAGUGGAAUGUGUACGACCCGACCCCAGGCCAAAAGAUCUUAGCAACCGAUGACAGAGUGUAUCCAAUGAAUGCACUAGCUGGUCUCUCUACCAUCGUACUACCAAAGGGUCGAGAUCUGGUUUGGAAGUAUGUAACCAAAUGUCUCCCGCUCGUCAGGGGUGACCCAGUCGCUUCAAUCUGUAUAUCCUGUGGCAAAGAUGAAUCUUCCAAGCAUUUGUUCUUUCAAUGCAAAGAGACCACACUACCAGUAAAGAUACUGAAAGAGGUUACUGCUGCCAAUAACAUUACACCACCAGUUUGGGAUAUCACCCUCCUCAACCUCAAACAACCUCCAAUGACUAUAAACUUGAUUGCUGCAACACUCGAACGAAUAUGGUUCCGACGUAAUGAUCUACGUCACCAAAGAGAUGAACCAUUCACUGAACAAUACCUGCGAGCUAGAAUGCUAAAUGAUAUGCGACAUAUUAUAAAAGUAAACUGGGACAAGACGUUAGAAUUAUGUAAUCGAUGGCAUUUGGCUCUAAUGAACCAAACCGACGAAUCAGUAAUACAUACGAUUACAGAACGAAUACAAACUAUCAUCCUUCGAUUCUCCUCCAACUACAACCAUCCUACUGUCUACAAGAUCGCACUACCUAGUCAUUUGGAGAGGUACAAGACUCUGCGUACACUACAUCUAUAA